AAGAACAAAGUCACCAAUACUGAGCUCACUAUAUAAAUGCACUUACGACAGAAAUUUAUUGACACAUUCUCACUUUUUCUCUCUCCUCUGAUUUUCUUCUUCUUCUUCUUUACUGGUAGUGAAUAAUUUUUGGAAAAUGUGGAGAGUUACUCGAUCUGCGGCGGCGAAUCUCCGCCGUACGCGGCGGUUUUCCGUGGCUGCUACGAUUCCUGGUCCAUGUAUGGUGCAUAAGCGUGGUGCUGAUAUUCUUCAUGAUCCUUGGUUUAAUAAGGAUACUGCAUUCCCUUUGACAGAAAGAGAUCGACUAGGGCUUCGUGGUCUCCUGCCACCUCGUAUUAUUUCAUUUGAACAACAGUAUGCCCGUUUCAUGGAUUCAUAUCGAUCACUGGAGAAAAAUACUCAGGGGCAGCCAGAGGCUUCUGUAUCUUUGGCAAAAUGGAGAAUUUUGAACAGACUGCAUGACAGGAAUGAGACGUUAUAUUACAGAGUCCUUAUUGAUAAUAUCAAAGACUUCGCUCCCAUCAUAUAUACUCCAACUGUAGGGCUGGUGUGUCAAAAUUAUUCCGGUUUGUUCAGACGUCCUCGUGGAAUGUAUUUCAGCGCCAAGGACAAGGGAGAGAUGAUGUCCAUGAUCUAUAAUUGGCCUGCUCAACACGUUGAUAUGAUAGUCGUCACAGAUGGCAGCCGAAUUCUCGGUUUAGGAGAUCUUGGAGUUCAGGGAAUUGGUAUACCUAUUGGGAAACUUGAUGUAUAUGUUGCUGCUGCAGGAAUGAACCCACAGAGGGUACUUCCAGUUAUGCUCGAUGUGGGUACUAACAACCAAAAGCUUCUGGAA